GGCAGUUACUUCUGGGCCAUGACCUUGCUACUCAGAGCUGCCAUAUUCUCUUUUUUCACUAUGCUAGAAAACCUCAUAGGCCCAGAGAUGAACUGGUAGAUUCAGUUUUAUUAAAGUGAAAGGAGAGAAUAUGAGAAACUCUAGAAAAGAGACCCCUUGUCAGGUGGUAGGAAAAAUUUUCCAAAUCUAUCAUUUGGGGAUAUUUUCAGGGAACAGCUGUAUAAUCCCUAGUAAGUGGCUUUUGCCACUGAAAUCAAGCAGUUUAAAUUAGAUUCCAGAGAGCAGUUUAAAUUGGAAUCCUCUACCAUCACUCCCUUCUCUUAACUCUUCCCUGUUCUUCAUCUUUAACUUCAUCCUCAGAGGUUAGGUACAUUUUAGACUUCUUUCAACAGAGUAAUUGAGGACUUAUAAAGAGAUAUCUUUAAAAUUCCCCUUUCUUUGACCAAACCAGCCAUACUUUCAGACUUAUGUAAAAUUGACUUCGGUGGAUUAACCUGAACUCAGCCAUUGCCUCAUGUCUGACCAUAAAAUGAGAGAGGACCCUGGGAACUUUGAGGACUCCGGUUUGGCAAUGGAGAACAGUUUUUUCAGCUGGACUCCUCCCCAUGCCUUCACUAAGACCCAUUUCUUCUACUGAUUUAAGAAUAAAAUCUUCAGGGCUGACCAUCUAUACAACCUCAAGUCUAAAAGGAAUUUAGAGAAUGGGCUGUGUCCAAUGUAAGGAUAAAGAAGCAGCAAAACUGACAGAGGAGAGGGAUGGCAGCUUAAACCAGAGCUCUGGCUAUCGCUAUGGGACAGACCCCACUCCCCAGCACUACCCUAGUUUUGGUGUGACCUCCAUCCCCAACUACAACAACUUCCAUGCAGCCAGUGGCCAAGGGCUGACUGUCUUCGGAGGCGUUGGUUCUUCUUCUCACACUGGGACCUUGCGGACAAGAGGAGGAACAGGUGUAACCCUUUUUGUGGCCCUUUACGACUAUGAGGCACGAACGGAAGAUGACCUGAGUUUUCAUAAAGGAGAAAAAUUUCAAAUACUCAAUAGCUCUGAAGGAGACUGGUGGGAAGCCCGUUCCCUGACAACAGGAGAGACUGGCUAUAUUCCCAGCAAUUAUGUGGCUCCAGUUGACUCUAUCCAGGCAGAAGAGUGGUACUUUGGAAAACUUGGUCGCAAAGAUGCAGAAAGACAACUCUUGUCCUUUGGAAAUCCACGAGGUACCUUUCUUAUCCGAGAGAGUGAAACCACCAAAGGUGCCUAUUCACUUUCUAUCCGUGAUUGGGAUGAUAUGAAGGGAGACCAUGUCAAACAUUACAAGAUCCGAAAACUUGACAAUGGUGGCUACUACAUCACCACAAGAGCCCAGUUUGAAACUCUUCAGCAGCUCGUCCAGCAUUACUCAGAGAGAGCUGCAGGCCUUUGCUGCCGCUUAGUAGUCCCCUGUCAUAAAGGAAUGCCGAGGCUUACUGAUCUGUCUGUCAAAACCAAAGAUGUCUGGGAAAUUCCACGUGAAUCCCUUCAGUUGAUCAAGAGACUGGGAAAUGGGCAGUUUGGGGAAGUAUGGAUGGGUACCUGGAAUGGGAAUACAAAAGUGGCCAUCAAGACUCUUAAGCCUGGCACAAUGUCUCCAGAAUCCUUUCUCGAGGAAGCCCAGAUCAUGAAGAAACUGAAGCAUGAUAAACUGGUCCAACUUUAUGCUGUGGUGUCUGAAGAGCCAAUCUACAUUGUCACGGAGUACAUGAAUAAAGGGAGUUUGCUGGAUUUCCUAAAAGAUGGAGAAGGGAGAGCCCUGAAAUUGCCUAAUCUGGUGGACAUGGCUGCACAGGUUGCUGCAGGUAUGGCUUAUAUUGAGCGGAUGAAUUACAUUCAUAGAGAUCUGCGAUCAGCAAACAUUCUGGUCGGGAAUGGGCUCAUAUGCAAGAUAGCUGAUUUUGGAUUAGCCAGAUUGAUUGAAGACAACGAAUAUACAGCAAGACAAGGUGCAAAGUUCCCGAUCAAGUGGACAGCCCCAGAAGCAGCCCUCUACGGAAGGUUCACAAUUAAGUCUGAUGUGUGGUCCUUUGGAAUUUUACUCACAGAGCUGGUAACCAAAGGGAGAGUUCCCUAUCCAGGCAUGAAUAACCGUGAAGUUUUGGAGCAAGUGGAACGUGGGUACAGGAUGCCAUGUCCUCAGGACUGCCCUAUCUCCUUGCAUGAGCUUAUGAUUCACUGCUGGAAAAAAGAUCCCGAGGAGCGCCCCACGUUUGAGUAUUUGCAGGGUUUCCUGGAAGACUACUUUACUGCAACAGAACCCCAAUACCAACCUGGUGAAAACCUGUAAGUCAUGUGGCCUGUCUGCAGAAAACAUCCUCCAGGUGGUCAUUUCCCCCCCUUUUAGCUUCCAAUUCAGUAGCUCGCUGCUCUUGGAGCAGCGUGGAAUCUUCCAGGACCAGAGUGCAUGUGAGUCUGAAGUCUGAACAACCACACCCCUCAUCGAUGACCACUUGUCCCCAAAUCUGAAUGUCCUCUGUGAAGAAUAAGAGACACAAACUUGUUAACUUCUCAAGACUUUUGAAAAUGCAUUGUAUCGAUGUUAUGUAAACGGCAAAACCUCUAUUCAGUGUAAAUAGUUACUCAGUGCCAAUAACUGACCCUAGUGCUUUCCUUUUUUAAAUGCAAAUCUUAUGUGAUUUUAACUCUGUCUUCACCUGAUUCAACUAAAAAAACGAAAAGUAUUAUUUUCCAGAAGUGGCCUCUUUGUCUAAAACAAUAAACUUUUUUUUCAUGUUUUAACUAAAGAAAAUCA